GGAGGGACUUCCUCUGGAGCAGCAGUUUAAUGGAAAGCUGCUUCUGGGCUGACACGUAACUAAAAUUAAAGGUACUUCAGAGGCCUCGACCUGGACGCGAAUUUCUCAACUUUAACGCAAGCUUGACGGAACUGCGUCGGAAACGUCUGAAGGAGGAAGAGGAGAGAACGUAGCGGCCCUGAAGCGGGAAGCCUGAGAUUUCUUGUUUUGCAUUACAGAACUGGGCAGAGCACUUACUUUGACUUGAAGUAAAGCGAAGAUCUGAGCGACUCCUUUGAAGUGGAGUUGACUUGGCUAAAAUAAUGCAUGCCGAAGCAACUGUUUACACGUAAAGCGGUGCCGUUUUGUGAGUGGAAAUGCUCGGGGAGUGACUGGGAGGGGUGCAAAAAAGUUGAGUCGGAAGUUUCCACCAGCAGAGACGGGGCUUUCUCGCGCAGACCGCGGGGAGGGGUGCGGGUCCAACAUGGGAAACGGGGUGUGCUCUCGCAGGCAGCGGCGGAUCUUCCAGUGCCUGCUGCUGGUCACCGUGGUCUGCGGGAUGAUGUACGGGGGACUCAUGUCCUAUGAGAUGCAUAAACAGCUCAGGAGGACCGAGGCGACGGCACUCAAGUACCAACAGCACCAGGAGUCACUCUCGGCACAGCUCCAAGUGGUGUAUGAGCAUCGAUCAAGGUUGGAGAAGUCUCUUCAGAAAGAGAGGUUAGAGCACAAAAAGGCCAAAGAAGAUUACCUUGGUUAUAAACUUGAAGCGGAGCAAUCUCUGAACAAAGAGAAGCAGGAUGCCAACAGCAAACUCAACUCCUUACAGGUGCAGCAUCAGAUGCUAAAGAAUCAGCACGACGAGCUGAAGAGGCAGUACUACGAGCUAAACGAGCAGCACCAAGUGCAAGGCGAGGACCACAGCCGGCUGCUGGACGAACACAGAGAUCGCUACAAUAAACUGCAGCAAGCCAAAGAGGUGGAGGUCUCCCAACUUAAAGAGCAUGUUUAUAACCUGAGAGAAGAAAAUAAACAACUGAGGAAAGCCCACCAUGAGAUUCACACGCAGCUACAGGAUGCCCAGCUCAAGCAUCAGAACCUGAAGGCCGUCCACGACCAGCUUGCACUGACCCUAGAGGACCACAAGAGUGCGCUAGCUGCAGCUCAGGCCCAGGUGGAUGACUACAAGCAGUUCAAAGAGACUUUGAACCGGGAACCAAACCGGGUACGACCCGAUCCAAACUCUAUUGCUCAGCAGCUGCAUGCAGCCGCAGUAACAGCUGAGUCCCAUGUUCACCAAUCCCAGCAGGCUGCUAAAGAGACACGCGCUCAGGGAGAACAGCGCCCCCACUGGGACACCGAGUCAAGGUUGGAUAAUCAGGAAGAGAAGGAGGCCAACGCCCAGUCUGACGUCAAUUCCCACCCUGCUGUGUCCCAGCCCGGCCUGUCUGAGAGGGAUGAGGACAGAGAGGGAGAGGCUGAGAGGAAGAGGGAGCUGGCAGAGGAGGAGAUGGCUCAAGCAGGACAGCCUCAGAAGCUGGAGGAGGACCUGGACCAGGCGCACGAAGAGCAGAUGGAGGAGGAGGAGAGGGAGGAAGAGCAGCCUGAUGAGAACACGUUGGACAGACAGAGACGGCAGCCACAGCUGGACAACCAUGUUGAGCUGCACCAGGGGGCUCAGCUGCAGCAGCAGCAGCAGGCGCCAGCUCAGGUGUACCACCUGAAGUCAGCCUACGAGCAGCAGCAGGAGCAGCGGCGCCUGGAGGCCCAGAGGGACAACGAGCGCAGGCAGAUCCAGAUGCGACAGGAAGCGCUGCAGGCGCAGCGAGAGAAGGUGCUGAAGGAGAGGGAGCAGCGGCUAAAGGAGGAGAAGGAGCGAGAGGAGCAGCAGAACAGGGAGGCUGACAGAAAAGAACAGCUGCUGAGAGAGGAGCACCAGAGGAAAAGAAUGGAGUAUGAGAACAUGGAUGAAGACGUUCCAAGAGAAGAGGACCGUCACACUGCUAAUGAAGAAGAGAGAGACGUUCACAUGUUACAUGAAGAGGAACAGGAGGAGAAACAACCAGCUCACAUAGCAGCCCCACAUCAGGGCGGCAUGGCCGGUGAGGUAGAUCCUGAAGAUGACCCCAACAACCAGGGAGAGGACGAGUUUGAGGAGGCUGAGGACGAGCGUCUGGCACACAGGGCUGCUGAGGAGGAAGAAGAGGGGGAGGAAGAGGAGCCAGCUGCUCCUGGCCAGCACAUAGUCUCUCAUCCGGGCCCCGGCCGACCUGCUAUGGAGGAGGAGCUGGUGAUGGCUGGAAACCCAGAUCAACAGGAGGAUGCACUGGAUGAUCAAUACCAGGAAGAAGACGAGGCCCAGGAGGAUGUAGCUGGUGGAGAGAAAAGGGAAGGAGAAGAGGAAGGGGAAGAUCCAUAUAAUGAGAACACGGAACAGAACAAAAACCAGGAUGGACCCAGAAAGAAACAGCACCACCAGAAUGGAGCGCACGAGGAAGAAAAUUACGAGGAGGGAGAGGAGGAGGUGGAGGAGGAUGCAGCCGGUCGAGAUAAGGGAACCAAUCGAAGAGCAGAAAUGUAGGCUGAGCAGCUGCGGCGCAUUUUGUGCUGCUAGUGCAGCCAGUCAGGAAUUAAAACCAGCCAUCCAUUCAGAAUUUUGCUUCGGAAAAUCUGAAAAUUGUGCCAGGAACAUAGGAAUCCAAACACUGAACACUGUGGAAAUGGACACAACUUUUAACGCUAAAUUGCAUACAUGAUUAUGUAUUUUUAUUUUUAUUUUUUUUACCUUAAUCUGCUUUUCUGUUUCCUUGCUCCUCUGGAUAAGAGAAUGUAUUUUUUUAUCUGUAUGCUGAGUUUGUGUUUCAGGAAAGAAACAACAAUGUAAUUCUAAUGUUGUCAGGCCCCUUUUGUAUGUUUUUUGCAGACAGUUGUAUUUUUGCAAAGCUUAGAUGUUCAUUUACAUCACACAUUCCAAUGAGUAAUGACAUUUUAUUAUUUAUUGCUGGUAGUAACAACUCUGACAAUCAUUAAAUGGUGCAACAUUUUAAAACAUUCAUCUUCUGCUGGAGGAAGAUUGACAUUUAGGCUUUAACCAGCUUCCAGCAGGGUGACUCGCAGGGGCAUUUUCUCUGGAUAUUCCUGUAAAAUGCCACUCAGAGACAUUUGUGGCAAAGCCGCUAAGUGCUGAGGGUCACACUGACAUGUGCCUUUCCGUUCGUGGAAUCCUCUCGUCUAUCCUAGUCGCUUAACAUUUAGGAAAUAAUUUUAAUAUAAAAGAAGAGAUGUGAGGAUGCCGCAUGAGCUGAGGUUUAUUUCCAGUCAGCUGCUGGUGUGAAUAAAAUUCACCUUGUAUAGAGAACCUUUUUGUAAAUUUGUACACCUGUUAUAUUUGAUACAAAACAAAGGGAUUUUUGAUUGUUUGUCAUCUUGAUGAAGUGUCUAAUAAAGAGGUUAAAAGCUCUAA